CUCACUCUUUGCUCUCUGCCCUUUCAUGAGCUUCAGUCCAUCACUGAAGGUCCAGCUGGAGGAAGAGCUCAGUGCUGAAGCUGAUGAGUCCAGCUCUCUCCAGUCUACCCUGAACUUCACGCUCUGCUCUCCAGCGUCUCACCCCUCCAGGCAGGACCUCAGGCUGAACUCCAGCAGGGAGAAGGAUGGCUGAGAAACAGACAGUAGGUGCGGCAGAUGAGCCCAGCGCGCUGAACAUCCUGGCUCUGCUGGAGCGCGUGUCCGGGAUCAUAGAUAAUGUUCAGGCGUGUCAGCAGCGCAUGGAGGAGCGGCAGCUGGAGCUGGAGAACAGCGUGAAGAGCAUCCAGGCCGACGUGCUGAAGCUGACCAAGGAGCACACCACCACCAGCAGCGCCGUGGACAAACUGCUGGAGAAAACGCGCAAAGUCAGCUGCCACAUCAAGGACGUGCGCGUGCGCGUGGAAAAGCAGAACACGCGCGUGAAAAAAGUGGAAGAAACGCAGGCUGAGCUUCUGACCAAGAACAAGUACCGGGUGGUGAUCUACCAGGGUGAUCAGGAGCUCCCAGCAGUUCAAGCUCCGAAAGCUCCACCAAAAGAGGAAGCGGGGGCCGGAGCUUCUGCAGACCCGGACGCUCCCGAAGCUCCGCUGCCGGACUCUGAUGAGGAGUACAUGGUGGUGGAGGAGGCGGAUUCUGCAGCUACGAAGCUGAAGAAGACCGGGCUGAGGCGCAUCGAGAGCCUGAAGAACACCUUCUCCCGAGAGAACAUGAGCAAGACCAAGGAGAACCUGGGCCUGAAGGUCAACAAGCUGGGCGAGCGAAUCGUGACAACCGAGAGGCGCGAGAAGAUCCGGCAGUCCGGGGAGCGCCUGAAGCAGUCCGGAGAGCGCCUGAAGGAGACCAUCACCAAGACCGUCCCGGCUAAACUCAACCUGAAGAAGGAGAGGACUGUGGCCGAAGGUCAGGAGGGCGCCGAGGGGACCGCGGAGACCGAGGCGCCUGUACCGCCGCCCAAGGGCCGCAAACCCAGCCCGGACGUGGCGUACGCCGAGCCCACGCUGAAGCAGGGAGGAGCCGAGGAGGGGAAAGCUGAGGAGACGGAGGUGCCCAUGUUUGAUAUGAAGCAGCUCUCCUAAAAACAGAGUAUCGGUGAAAUCAGAGGAGCGGAAAUGGAUUUAAGAACGUUCACCUCCUGGUGAGAGAUUGAGAAGAGAAGAAUGGAGGAGUUGAAGCAGCACGAGGGAGGUCGUGAAAAUGGGCCAGUCGGAGAUCUAGUGACAAAAAAAGAGGACUGGGGCAGCUGUGCAAGAAGGUCUUUAAUCCUGGGAGGUUUUACUCGUAAAUGAUGGAAUACGGAAAGUCCUGUAGUACAAACAGGGGUUGGACAAUGAAACAGAAACACCUGGUUUUAGAGCACAAUAAUUGAUUGUGGUGACGGACAGUUCUGGUGGAAACAGGAGAGUUGAGGUGCACAUUGAAUUCUGUCGUGAUUUGA